AUGAUCAGGAGAAUUCAAAUUACACCUAUAGGUAAUAAUACUACGAGAAAUGAGUGUCAUCAGUCUGGUUUGGUAAAAUUCCUCAAACAACCAUGUCUACUAAUACUUCAUGUCACAUGUUUACUGGUCACACUAUUGAGUAAUUUAAGCUCAAGUUGGAUAAUUGUGAAUGAUUUAUACCAACAACUUCCUGGUCUAGUAUUCGACAAAAUAUCAAAAUUUCUAUUUAUCAGUUAUAUCCUAUUCAGUAUUAUCGAAUUUGUAUUAAGUAUAACAGAAGUAUUUCUAUGGAUUAAUAUUCUAAGAAGAAGAAGAUAUAUAUUAUGGAUCACUGUUGAUUGCAUCACCACCAUAAAUAUCUUUUUGGCUGAAAUUCCACUUGGUAUUCUCAAUACUUACACAUGUGCUUGUCAAGAAUCUACAAUUUCAAUGGGUUUCAUAAUGAAAGGAGGAUUAAUUUUCACACUUAUAUGCAUUCGUCUAUCUGUAUGCUUUAUUUCCUGUGUUUAUGAGAAGUUCAACAAUGCAUUUACCGAUUCAGACAGUAAUAUACCAAAUGAAAGUGAAUGUUUACUAGGCAGCCAGAAAUCUAAUAUCAAAGAGACUAACGAAAUGUUAUUCGACAUGGAGGAGAAGUCUAUGUUUAAACAAAAACAUUGGUGGUUAUUUUUUCGAGUUGUGAUGACUUCCGGUUUCUUCUGUCUGCUUAUUUUAAUGGCUACAAUAUUCACCUUCAUAUUUAUUCAGCCUUAUCCUACUUAUAUACAAUGGUAUCAAGUUGAUGAAGACAAGCGUAUUUCAUUUUUGAAUCUAACUACUCCACAGUAUUUUCAUAAUGUGGAAAUAUUUCUUCAAGAGAAAUCAUUAAAUCAUUCAGAGGCAAAGUGGUUACACUUAGUAAGUCUAGAACAAAUUAUGCGCUUACAUUAUAUUCAUGCCAAUGAAUCGGUCACACUAGGAUUGUAUACCUACACAGGUAUAAAGUAUUUUCUGUUUAAACAGACUAUUCAUUAUAUGAAUAAUACUAAAGCACAAAAGUUUUCAUGCUGGGAAAUAAUAGAGGAUGAUUUAUAUAAAGAAUCAAUUUGUCAUAUGUCGAAAAAUCACUCAAUUCAAAUAAUUAAAGCUGUUAAAAUAUACUUCAGGUAUAUUCCACCAACAAAACAACAACAUCUUGGUAAUGUGGUAUAUAAUGCAACGAGAGUUAUUUCUAAUGGCCACAAGGUUUCAGAAAAUCCUGAUCUAGUGUUGAAAUAUUUCCGGAAUACUAUAGUACAUUUAUCGUCGGAAAAAGUAAAAAAUUCAGACAGUAGUCUCAAUCAAAAACAAUGGUCCAGCGGUCCUUUCAGAUCAUAUGACCUUCAUGCUGAUGACGAAGAGUACAUAAAGUAUCAGGAUACGGAUCUUAUACCUGUCAAAGAAAUAUGGAAGACAGGGAUUGCAAAAUGUCAAAGGUUUAGGAUCUUCGUUUGCUCAAUGCUGAAGUCGCUAGUAGACUUAUCCACAUUUCUCCGUCUUUUGUUGAACAAUCUGAUAAUAGCAUUAUCCGGUGAUGCAACAUCACUCUCAAGGAUUUUAAAGGACGAUCCGAAUUUAGUAAAUCUGCCGGACUUUGAUGGUAAUAUGCCACUACACUUUGCAGCUAUGUCAGGCUCUCCAGAAUGCGUAAAAGUAUGCAUUUCUGCACUACAGGCUCGAGAAGAUCUUGACUUUACUACUGAAGUUCGACGUAAAAACUUCAUGGGUAAAGAUGCUCUUACAGUCUCAAUUGAAAAUAGUGAUUAUGAGUCGUUCAGUUUAUUGUUGGAUGCAGGAGCACAAACAGACUACCGGUGUAUGGAUGAUGUGCCACCUCUCGUGGCUGCUUUGAACCAAGGUAACUUAAAGCUGACUACCCAUGUUUUGGAUGUGCUUGAAAUUAGUUUCGAUCGUUUACGUGAUUAUCGUUUCUGGUACCUAGCCUUACAUACUGAUCUCUCAAUAUCCUUGGCCUACUUCAAGCUGUUGAAAGCCCAUGCUGCACCGUAUCAUUUAAACGACUUCGAAGAAAUAUAUGCUACUGUCCUGGAAAAGGAACCGUCAACAAAAGGGAUUGAGGAGUUCUUAAUAUUCUUGGGGUUGGAUGCCGUGGAGCGUUGGUCCAUUUGUUCAGAAGAAAUAUUUCACUGUUUACUACGGAUUUCUUCAUAUUUUCUAAGAAAGCUUAUUCCAUUUAACCAAAACUUCAGCUGUGUCCACCGCUUGCAAAGUCUGGGCUUGUACAUACCCCCAGUGUCUGCUAGAGCCUGGUUAAGAAUCCUUUCGCAAUGGGGACUGCCGAAAAUUUUCAUUAAACAACCUGACAUACAGAAGCAGUUGAUUUGGAAUCUAGCAGAUAUUAAUGGAAGUCCCAAAUCUACAGUCCAUAACAGGUUUUUAUUACCGCUCGUACUAUAUUUUGCUGUUUUAACACUACGUUUUCCCCAUCCUGAUUGGACUACAUGGUGGCACGAGGCUUGUUUAAAGGCUAAUUUUAAUGAGCAACAAUUUAAAUUGGGAACACUUCUCGAAGUGCACAAGAGUAGACAAUCUAAACCUGUUUCUGAAUUCUUUUGGCGUAAUAUAUUCACCUUUGUUAUUUCACGUGCUGUUUUAUACAAUGAUUCAAAAAUUUUCUGUUUGUCUGACACUCAAAACUCUAUAGAUGAAUUUUUAAAUCAUUCCUUUUCUGAAUGUCCAGCAUUAAAACCGAUUAGUGCAAGAAAUCAUGAAACAUUGGUUCUCCAACUGCUGUCAUACUUUCCAGCAUCAAGCAUAAUUCCUGGGCAUGAGUUAUUUUUGUAUAUUGCUUAUCAUCACUUUUUACCAUUCAUAUCCGAUGAUAACGAAAGCUGCAUGGAUAUUAAUCGUAAUGUGUUGAUAACAGCGACAGUUCAUGUAAUUAGUCAUCAUUCUUUGCUGAAUCUUAUUGUAAAUUUUUCAGCUAGAAUGGGUUUUAUGUUUCUAAGUAACCUAAAAGAUUGGCCGCGUUUUAUACCAACUAACGAUAAAAUUACACUUCUCAAUAUGUUAAUUUCAUGUUACGUUGAAAGCAAUCGGUCAGUUAAAUUACCACAAAGUAUCACUCAGUUAUUACCAAUAACACCAGUGGAUCAUCGUAACUACUUGGACGAUUGGUUGAACAAAUGGUUAUCUCAGCCCAAAAGCUUGUCACUGUGGUCGAAAAUUGUGGUACGUAAUAAUCUUAGAAAUUCUAGAGAACACUGUACCUUACCUAAAAGGCCAAUCAAUGAUAUUAUUAAAACUUUACCUUUGGCUCCGACGCUUCAGGAAUAUCUUGCGAACAAUGAGUAUGCAUAG